GUGCCCGUCCUCGCCGGUCCGCGCCCGUCCCAUAUAUACCCAGACGACCCUACUUUGGUUCAGCAAAGCACACACUCAAUCAACCUCCCACUCCCGACGCACCAAAAGCAACAACCCACUGCCAAGCUAGCUACGCGCACGAGCUCGCCAUGGCCGCACCGGUAGCCUGCGCCUUCUUCUUCGACGCCAAGACGGUCGGCGAGCCCGGCGUGCACUCCCUGGGCGCGUGCGCGCUCUGCACCAAGCCGCUGGCUCGGGACAGCGACAUCUUCAUGUACAAGGGAGACACGCCCUUCUGCAGCGACGAGUGCCGCCACGAGCAGAUGCGGCUCGACGCCGCCUGCGCCAGGCAGGCGGCCAGGGCGGCCGCCCGGAGGCAGAAGCACUUCUCGUCGGGAACGGGGUCCGGACGCGCGCACCGGGAGUCCUGGGAGGUGUCCGUCGCCAGCUAGCCAGCGAGAGCGGCAGGCUGGGUAUGUACCUGCGCAAACAAGAUCUGCGCGCACGAAGACGCCGUCGCCGUGGCUAACUGAUCAGCGCGGGAUCGAGGAGACUCUCCUUGGUUGAAGAAGCAAGACGCGGGUCACCGGAGUUGCUCACGGCAGGCCGGCUGCAAGUGCCCGCCAAUCACGUGAUUUUGGCAUAAACGCAGCGGAAAAAGGGCUGGACUGGAUCUGAAGAAGUCAAUCAAACAAGAUUCACAACGCAAAUUACUAAUUAGGCGGCCAUGUGUGCCCAUCGGCUCUCCUUUUCUCCUGUGUCAAUGUCAACUUCUGUAUGAGAGCGAAUUUGCAAAAGCACUUUCACUGGGUACACUAUCAAGCGAAUCGAGAUAUAACAUGUCUUUGUGCAA